GAAUGUGUCAUUCUAUCUCCUUUUUGCACAUUUAAAGUGGAGAGCUUUAUGAGUGUCAUUGGAAGUGUCAUCUUGAAAUUCCUCAAUUUUGUUUUCUAGAAAAAAAGUUGAUUCUAUUUGAGAGUGCCAUUUCAGCUUCUAUUUUUUAAGUGCAGAUCUGCAGGUGACUUUGCUCAACAUCAUAACUUGAGGGGUGAAAAAAAAUGGAUCUUGAUUAUAGCAAGUGUUGGAAAACUCCAAAGAAGGAGUCUUGGAAGACAGCCCUCCUCUUAUCCUACCAAAGCCUUGGUGUGGUAUAUGGGGACCUGAGCAUUUCCCCAUUAUAUGUCUACAAAAGCACAUUUGCAGAAGAUAUUCAACAUUCAGAUUCCAAUGAAGAGAUUUUUGGCGUUCUUUCUUUUGUCUUUUGGACUCUCACUCUAAUCCCUCUAUUCAAGUAUGUCUUUAUAGUACUUCGAGCUGAUGACAAUGGAGAGGGUGGUACUUUUGCCCUUUAUUCAUUGAUAUGUAGGCACGCCAGAGUGAGCCUUCUACCCAAUAGACAGGUUGCAGAUGAAGCACUCUCUACAUAUAAACUGGAACAGCCUCCAGAGAAGAAAAACAGUUCAAGGGUGAAAUUUGUGCUUGAGAAGUACAAAUGGUUGCACACUGCUUUGCUAAUCUUGGUUCUUGUUGGGACUUGUAUGGUAAUUGGAGAUGGAGUGCUCACUCCAGCCAUUUCAGUUUUCUCUGCGGUUUCUGGCCUUGAGCUAUCCAUGUCCAAGGAACACCACCAGUAUGCGGUGGUUCCAAUUACUUGCUUCAUACUAUUGUGUCUAUUUGCGCUUCAACACUACGGCACACAUCGUGUUGGGUUUUUCUUUGCACCAAUUGUGUUGACAUGGCUACUAUGCAUCAGUGCCCUUGGCUUAUACAAUAUAAUUCACUGGAAUCCGCAUAUCUACAAAGCUCUUUCCCCAUAUUACAUGUUCAUAUUCUUGAAGAAGACAAGGAUAAGUGGAUGGAUGUCUUUGGGUGGAACAUUGUUGUGCAUCACAGGUUCAGAGGCAAUGUUUGCUGAUCUUGGCCAUUUCUCAUACACUGCAAUUCAGAUUGCUUUUACCUUUCUGGUUUAUCCAGCACUUAUAUUGGCUUAUAUGGGUCAAGCUGCUUACUUGUCACAGCAUCACCACUCCAGCCACGUCAUCAGUUUUUAUGUCUCAGUUCCUGCACCCGUGAGGUGGCCGGUGCUUGUAGUUGCCAUUCUUGCUUCUGUUGUUGGAAGCCAGGCAAUCAUAAGUGGAACAUUCUCUAUCAUAAACCAAAGCCAAUCACUUGGUUGCUUCCCAAGAGUCAAGGUCAUUCACACCUCUGACAAGAUACAUGGCCAGAUUUAUAUCCCUGAGAUCAACUGGAUGCUCAUGAUCCUCUGCAUUGCUGUGACCAUAGGAUUCAGAGACACAAAACACAUGGGGAAUGCAUCUGGGUUAGCAGUGAUGACUGUGAUGUUAGUGACUACAUGCCUCACAUCCUUGGUUAUCAUCAUUUGUUGGCAAAAGCCCCCUAUUAUAGCUAUCACCUUCCUGCUCUUUUUUGGCUCUAUUGAAUUACUCUACUUCUCAGCUUCGCUCACCAAGUUCAAAGAGGGUGCCUGGCUUCCCAUCCUUCUAGCCCUGAUCCUCAUGACUGUCAUGUUUGUUUGGCACUAUGCAACCAUCAAGAAAUAUGAAUACGACCUUCACAACAAGGUUUCAUUAGAGUGGCUUUUAGCCUUAGGACCAAGCUUAGGAAUUGCUCGGGUUCCAGGAAUUGGUCUAGUAUUCAGUGAUCUCACCUCUGGUAUUCCAGCUAACUUCUCACGCUUUGUGACUAAUCUCCCUGCCUUCCACCGUAUACUCAUCUUUGUGUGUGUAAAAUCAGUUCCUGUCCCACAUGUGCCCCCUGCUGAGCGGUAUCUUGUUGGCCGUGUUGGUCCUACGGCUCAUAGGUCCUAUAGGUGUAUUGUCCGGUAUGGAUAUCGUGAUGUUCAUCAGGAUGUCCAUUCCUUUGAAACUGAGCUAGUUGAAAGACUAGCGGAUUUCAUUCGCUAUGAUUGGCAUCAAACAAAUUGGACUAAUUCUUGCAAUGGGGAUGAUGCAUCAAGAUCAAAUGAAUCAUCCAGUGAGAGUAAAUUAGCUGUGAUUGGAACAGUGGCAUUCUCUGGGCCACCAGCUUAUGAGAUUGAGGAGAAUGUGCAGCCAGAAAGUGUAUCCAUUGAGUUCCCAACUGUAGAAAGUGUUAGAGAUGUUAUUGAGAUGGAACCAGUAGGUAAAAGAGUGAGGUUUGCCAUUGACGACGAGUCUGAAACUGAUGUGCAAACUGAAGUGGAAGCACAAUUGCAAGAAGAGCUUGCAUAUCUCUAUGCCGCUCAACAAGCAGGUACUGCAUUCAUAUUGGGGCAUUCCCAUGUCCGAGCAAAGCAAGGUUCUUCUCUCUUCAAGAGACUGGCCAUUGACUUUGGAUAUAAUUUCUUGAGGAGGAAUUGUAGAGGGCCAGAUGUGGCACUCAAGGUGCCAACAGUGUCUCUUCUUGAGGUUGGCAUGGUUUAUGUAGUGUAGGCCUCAUAUGUAGCUAGCUUUCUUUUGUUUGCCAAUGUCACAUACAGAUAAACCUGGAAGAGGUGUGAAUGUAAGGUAAUACAGUGAUUGUGCGGAUUAAUGAGGAUUUUAGAAAUAUUAACUCUACUUUCAUAGCUA